UAAAAGGGCCAUAUGACCCCAAACCCCUCGACGUGUUCUCCCCGCCCACACCCACUUCCUCUGCCAUCGCCUCGCCGCUCCUUCCUUCCUUUCUUCCUCCCUCCCAUCUGGUCAGAUUCGAUUCCACGGCCGCCUCGAUCGCCGGGAGCCAUGACCCCUGCGACGCUCCUCGAUCGGACGCCGUCGGAAGGCGAAACACGCCAGCGCCGCCCGCCGCAGCACGAUAGCCGCGCUUCCGGUGCCGUGAAAAGCUCGAGGACGGACGAGAGGGGGCCGGACGCAGGCCAUGAGCUCGGCGACGUCCGGGCCGCGACGGUGGCGGAGGAGGCCGCGGCGGCGGAGAGCGGGCGAGAGAGGCUGAAGCGGCACAGGACGGAGAUGGGCGGGCGGGUUUGGAUCCCGGAGAUCUGGGGGCAGGAGAGCCUCCUCAAGGACUGGACCGACGGCUCCGUCUUCGACCGGCCCCUGGUCCCCAAAGGGCUGACGUCGGCGCGUGAGGCGCUGGUCCAGGAUUGCCGCCGAACCAACUCCACCGCCUGCCUGAUUAGGAUUAAUCCAUGCUGAUCUCUUUAAUCAGGUCCGGUUAAUGCUAAUUGCUGCUGAUUAUUUCCGAUCAAACUAAUUAAAUACUUUCUCUUCUUGGAAAAGCUAAAAAUACAGAGUAUAUACAUCUAUAUUUUGAAUAUACAGUGUACUUUAUCCAAAUUAUAUCAUUUUGAUAAGUCAAUAAAUCACGUCGUUAAUUUAUAAAAGCAUAAUAAUCGCGCCAAGUCAAGCUGGUUGAAACUUUGAAUUGGUUAGUGAACUUGUUAGUGUAAGCUUGUUUGUUGUUUUCAGAGUUUUUUCGUUUAUUUACAAGUAUGAUACAUGAUUUGUUAAUGAAUCUGCACAAUCUUUGUUCAUGGAUGAUCCCGUUUGGAAGCUGAGUCGGAUGAAGGCGAUCGCGGUGUCGUCGGUGUUGACGGAAAGUCGUCGGGCCUCUUGGAUGACUUGUCAACCCGCCGAAAGGCUCCCACGAGCGGAUGACGAUGGAGGUGAUGAAACUGCUGAUCCUGCGCAUACUCAGACGAGUCCCCUCCACGUUAGAGGCCAAAAACCAGGGAAAAAGUCCCCGGGUCAGACCCUCCGACGCUCAAGUCAGAUUGCCCAGCUGACAGACUUGCUGACUCGGAAGGAUGAGGCCCUACUGGCGAUGACUGAAAGCAGAGAUUUUCAAGCUCCCCUUACUCGCGAAAUGGAAGGACUCUGGUUGACGGCCAAAUCACGAACUCGGGCCAAAGUGGCCCUCAAGCUUAAGGCUCAAUCAGACUUCCAAAGCCAGGUUCAUUAUAUCAUUUACCUUAAGAUGAAGCACGAGGAUGAGGUGACUCUCCUGAAAGAAGAAGGGCGUAUAAAGGAUGAAACUAUUGGCCAACUGAAAAACUCCCUUAAACUUGUUGAGGAGGAACUAGCCCAAGCAAGGGCUCAUUUAGAAAGCAGGGGUCAGGCUUCUGGAUCCGGUAGCAAUGUAAACCUCUAAAAAAUGUUCACCUUUUUAACGAAAAAAACAUGUUUCUUGGAUUCCGUUCAUGGUGUAGCCCCAUGUCCUCUUGCUCUGAUAUCA